ACCGCCGCCAUCUCCGGCUGGGAUGCUUCACUCUUGGGUUCAGCGUGGCUUAGUCCCUCUGCGGCUAUGUUGAAUUGAGGGAAAAGUGAGAGAAAAGGGGGAGCCGCGUUAGUAUCGCAGCUCACUUUAAUAAUAAAGCCGAGGCGUCGCCGCCGCCCGUGUAUUCUCCCCCUCCCUUUUCCUCCAUAUUCCCGCCUUCAAGGCCUGAAUGCUUCCCGCUCUUUUCUCCUGAAAUGCUUUGGUCUUCGUCGAGAGAUAAUGAUCACAUAAAAUAAUAAACCCAAACCCCGUGUUUUCCUGCGGACCGGGGCGCAUCAGCCGCUUUUUUGGGGAGGGGGGAGAGAUUUACUUUUAAGUGGCUGCGUCACUAAAUGGGGUCGUAUUUCUUAAGCAAUUUGCGUACUUGCAUUAGAGGCAGCUCGUGUGGCUGCUGCCGGCUGUGAUGUCUCUUAAUCCUCUGCUGCUAGCAUCGAGUUGGUGGGGCUGUCGUCCCAAAACGCUCUAUGGUGGACAGUUGAUUCACACAUGCAACACACCACUUAAGCAGCGGAGGAGCUUUUAACAAGACUACGCACAUUUCCUGGUGGUAGUGGUUGAAACACACUGAAUUCAUUCCCGUUGCCAAGGAAGUGUACUUAGGAUUGCAGCCUUAUUCGAUCGUUGUUAAAUCAGUUACCGACCAACUAAUGGAAAAAUACGAAUUUUAGUUGAUUAAUAAGCAAAUGUAUGCAGAUUUAAGGAUAACCGUUCUGAAGAAAAUAGCAUAGUUUCUUCAUUUUAUGUGAUGCAUUGGUGUAUCACAGCAUGCACCAUCUCAGAAGAGCUAUUCCCUUGUGUAUUGGGUGGGAUGCCUGCCUGCAAUUUUUUUUUGUAAUCAUUAAGUACUGUGGUUAAAAUUACUUCCAGCAAGGCGCUGACAGGAUUUUGUUACUAUGUUGUAGGUUGCCCUGUACUCCAACCAUCCAAUAAAGAUGUGCAACUCAAUUAUGCACAUGUUUACUAGGAAGUAAAUCCCAAGUAAUUGGAAUUGCAAACUUAGAUGCUCACUGAUUUUUUUGUUCCAAUGGGCUUUUAACUUUAUGAAAUUCUGUUGUAUUGUGGCAUUAUGUGUGUUGACAGAAGAGACUUUUAAAGGAUGUGCUGAUGACACAAAUAAAUUAGUCAUGGAAUAAAGUUACUUGAUAAUAAUGGUGAUGUAUAUUUGAAAACUGGACAACAUUCCAAAAUUCUAAACAUGCUCUUCAUUUAACAAUAGUAUAGCUAUGCUAAAGUUGCCAUAUAAACCAAAUGUCAUUAUUUAAAUACAUACUCAAAGCAUUUAGAUACAAGGUUCCAUUUGGAGGAAACUUCUUUUUGCAGAUGCUUUAUGAUGUAUUUGAUAAGUCCUCAUAUGUUAAAUAGUUACGAACACAGAAUGGUACAUUCUUAAGCGUGCAUACUUUUAUUUAUUUUCAUACUGAUUGCCAAACUGGGGUACACUAAAAGUUCACAAUACAGACAGGAUCAUAAAACAUAAGAGGAACAAGAUAAGAUCAAGAGCCAGCAUAAGAACUAAAAGAUGCUAAUGAUGAAAGGCCUGUAUGAAAUAGUUUUAAAUGAUCACUUAAAAGAAGAAAUCUCCCAUAUCUGUUAUAGUGGCCCAGUUUGCAUAUAAUGCUAAACCCAAAGCACAUUUCUUUCCUCUCACCAGAAGCUGACAAGAGUUUGUUUUAAACUAGGAUCUCUGUUUUAUACUGUAUGCUCUGCUGAGAUUUUUGAAAGUGAAACUAAAUUUGACAGAAGUGCUGACUACAUAAGAGUGCACAAGCUGGUGGGCUCAUGGAGGCUUCCAUAUUAAACCAGUGGUGGGGAACCUCUAGCCCAUGGGCCCAUUUAAGCCCACAAGGCAUCUGUAUUUGGCCUGUGAUGCUGUUUUGGAUGAACUACAUCCACUUUUCCUGUGCCUGAUGUCAUAUAACAUCAGGUGUAGGAAAGUUCAAGCCAUGUCUGUAAAGGAAUCAAGAGCAAUCUAACUGCGCCCAGUUCUUCUUUUGCAGCUAAAUGUGGUCCUUUUUUAAUUUGCUGCGUUUUUCUGUUAACUUGCACAAAUUUGAAAAGCUUCAGAUUAAAGAAUGGCAGGGAACCACCAUGCACUAGGUGACAGAUGGGGAGGAGAGAGAGUGUGAGCUCCUGAGGCUUAAGAUUUAAAUUGCUCAAAUUUGAUAAGACAUCUACAGUUUUUAUAAAAUAAUGAGAUGACAUUUUACACCAAUAUUUCCAGUUACUUUUAAAAAAUACUAGUGCAUUUUUUAUUUUUGCAGAGAAACAUCAUGUUUGUAUGCUCAAAGUACCAAGCUGAAAGCCAACAAUAGGCAACUAAAUGCCCAUUCAUGUAGCAUGUGAGCUUUCUAAAUUUUGUUUUGAGGAGUCUAGAUUUUUCAUAUGAAGUUAAUUCUAUAUUCAGAAUAUCUGAGAAAUUUUGACCCAUUUCUCCAGCUGUAGCAGCUUCACUUGUAUUAAUACAAUAGAAUGGAAAAUUAAAUAGUUUACUAUAAUUAAAAGGAGUAGGUUAAGUGCAUUCUUGAAUCAUUGUAGGUCUUCAGUCUCACUCUAAACUGUUGAACAGCUUAUCUUUGCCUGUGUAAGGCAUACAAUCUGCAACAUCGGUUCUUCAGAAGGACACAAAUACUGUGUGCUAAAACUAAUGACAAGGCACCACAGAUACAGUGAAAAUAAUUGUUUUAUUACUUUGUGAUGGCAGUAUACCAAGAAGUUUGUUCACACAACAGUUUUCCUUUGUUUGUUUGCCCCCGCCUCACCUAUUUACAAGUGGCAUCUCUAGAAAAAAAACCCUCAGUGUUGAAGACCAUCAUUUCAACAAUCACAAAUAUAUACAAAACGUAGACAAUGUUAUUAGCCCAGAUAAAUCGAGACUCUCAGGGAAUGACAGAGUUUUCUGGAGGGGGAAUGGAGGCUCAGCAUGUAACUCUCUGUUUAACAGAGGCUGUAGCUGUGCAAGAUGGAGACAACCUAGACAACAUGGAAGGAGUAAGCUUACAAGCAGUUACACUUUCUGAUGGAUCCACUGCUUACAUUCAACAUAAUUCUAAAGAUGGCAAAUUAAUGGAUGGCCAGGUGAUUCAACUAGAAGAUGGCUCAGCUGCUUAUGUCCAACAUGUUCCCAUGUCUAAAAGUAAUGCAGGAGAUAGUCUUCGUUUAGAAGAUGGACAGGCAGUUCAACUUGAAGAUGGAACAACGGCUUUCAUUCAUCACACUUCAAAAGACAGUUAUGACCAGAGUGCCCUACAAGCUGUACAGCUAGAAGAUGGUACCACUGCCUAUAUUCAUCAUACAGUGCAAGUGCCUCAGUCGGAUACCAUCUUAGCUAUUCAGGCUGAUGGCACAGUGGCAGGUCUUCAUACGGGAGAUGCCACCAUUGAUCCAGAUACCAUCACUGCUUUGGAACAGUAUGCAGCCAAGGUGUCUAUUGAUGGAAGUGACAAUGUUACUAGCACUGGAAUGAUAGGUGACAGUGAACAAGAUAAAAAAAUGCAGAUUGUCUUGCAAAGCCAUAGCACAAGAGUAACAGGCAAAUCACAGUCAAGUGGAGAUAAGGCUUUUCGGUGUGACUAUGAUGGCUGUGGAAAACUGUACACCACUGCUCAUCAUCUCAAGGUACAUGAAAGGUCACACACAGGAGACAGACCAUAUCAGUGUGACCAUCCAGGUUGUGGAAAGGCAUUUGCAACAGGUUAUGGACUAAAAAGCCAUGUCCGGACCCACACUGGAGAGAAGCCAUAUCGGUGUUCAGAAGAGAACUGUACAAAGUCCUUCAAGACUUCAGGAGACCUGCAGAAACACAUCAGAACACACACAGGUGAAAGACCUUUCAAGUGCCCCUUUGAAGGAUGUGGUAGGUCAUUCACAACAUCUAACAUCAGAAAGGUUCACAUCAGGACACAUACAGGGGAAAGACCAUAUUAUUGUACAGAGCCAGGAUGUGGAAGAGCAUUUGCCAGUGCAACUAAUUACAAGAAUCACGUGAGAAUACAUACAGGGGAGAAGCCUUAUGUAUGUACAGUCCCUGGCUGCGAUAAACGUUUUACAGAAUACUCCAGUUUAUAUAAACACCACGUUGUACAUACACAUUCCAAACCAUAUAACUGUAAUCACUGUGGAAAAACUUACAAACAAAUUUCCACACUUGCAAUGCACAAGCGGACAGCACACAAUGACACAGAGCCAAUAGAGGAAGAGCAAGAAGCAUUUUUUGAGCCACCUCCAGGUCAAGGUGAAGAUGUUCUCAAAGGAUCUCAGAUAACUUAUGUAACAGGUGUAGAAGGAGAGGAUGUCGUUUCUGCACAGGUUGCUACGGUGACUCAAACAGGGCUUAGUCAGCAGGUGGCACUUAUUUCCCAAGAUGGAACUCAGCAUGUUAACAUAUCUCAGGCUGACAUGCAGGCCAUUGGAAAUACUAUCACUAUGGUAACACAAGAUGGCACCACUAUCACAGUCCCUGCCCAUGAUGCAGUUAUUUCUUCUGCAGGAACACAUUCUGUUGCAAUGGUCACAGCAGAGGGCACUGAAGGACAGCAGGUUGCCAUCGUGGCUCAAGACUUAGCAGCAUUCCAUAGUGCUUCACCAGAAAUUGGACAUCAGCAACAUGGGCAUCACUUAGUCACUGCAGAAUCUAGACCUGUUACAUUGCUGGCAACAUCCAAUGGAACACAAAUUGCAGUGCAGCUUGGAGAACAGCAGUCUUUGGAAGAAGCCAUUAGAAUAGCUUCCAGAAUACAGCAAGGUGAAACACCAGGAAUUGAUGAUUAACUCCUUCAAUGGCUAAAGGAACAAUAUAAUUACUUACCUUUUAUUUUCAAUCAACAAAGGUCCAUGUCAGCUGAAAUCUAUGAAAAGUUUGACAUGUACUUGCUCGUUAAUACUCUUCAAACACUUUAUGCAAUAGUGAAGAACAUUUCAUGUGUAUAAUGUUUAUGUACAUGAACUUUAAGAAAUAUAUGAAUUCCACCUCUUAGACUCUAUUUCUACCCAGAACUACAGAAUUAGGAUUUUAUGUUAAUUUUACUGCUUAUAUUUACAUCAGAUUCCAAACCAGACUACAGGCACGCAGCAGCUACUAUAGAAAUACUAGGGUGCAUUUUAAAGUCACUCCAAAACAAUGAAGGCAUUACUGAAGAUUUCAGGGGUUUAAACCAUACCAAUCAUCAUUUCAAAAAUCCUUUGCAAGCAGAACAAUUUUAAUUGUUUCUCAUAUACAGAAGAGUUCUGAAUUUUGAGACUUGUAAAUAUUACAUUUUGAAUUGUGUUUCAUACACAAGUUGAAAAUUCAUUUUCUUUAGCUUUCCCCUCCCAACUCACUGAUUGUAAAUACAGACUGUUCAUGCUGGAAGUGCUCAUUAUAUUAUCUUUGAAUUGGAUUAUGUACAAAGAGAAGCUUUGGUUGUUCACUA